AUGGGCUUCCAUGCACCUUUAAAUGGUUCAAGCAAAAACUCAAAAUCUUCAGCAUUUGCAUCUUUUGAUUCUGCAUCUGUCAUGCAAAUAGUAAACAAAGCAAAAGAUAAGAUAGUGCCCGAUGCACAGUUCCAUCAGACCAUCACAGAUCAAGGAAUACGGCAUUACCAAGAAAAACUAUCUCCACUACUUCAAAACUCGUAUCAUGGAGCAAACGUAAACACUAAUAAGCAAGAUUCUUCCCCCAUGAAAUCACCAGUGACAUUGCAGCAUGCCUUGAAUGUGCGUUUGGAAAGUAUACUUAGUUUGAAUGUUCGACCGGGGGAGCCAUUUUUUGUCUUAUGGUUUUUAAUUUCAAGUUAUUUUCCAUUGAUUGCCGCAUGUCUAGGUCCCUUGGCAAAUAUGAUAUCGAUCGUUGCUUUAGUCGAGCAUUGGAAAGUGGACAUUAUUACCAGGAAAAAUGUCCCUGACAUACCAAAAGUAGUUGUAAUGAAUGCAGUUUCAUUAGCAUUGGGUUUGAUUGGCAAUAUUUCGUUGUUAAUGAACUUUUCUCGAUCUGUCAAAUAUUUGGUCAGUCAAUCGGUUUCUAUAAUUGCAUGGCUUUGCGCCAGUGCUUUGCUCGCUGCUGCACUUUUUGUGACAAACAGAGAGUUUGGUGGUGAAAAUCCAAAAUAUGUUCCAUCAGAAGGGUUUUAUUUUGCGGCAUUUACUUCCGGUAAUUAUUUUGUAUGUAUGCUAAUCUUGGUAAUCAAUUUCAUGGGAUAUAGUUUGAAAAAAUAUCCGCCAACAUUCAAUCUAGACCAAAGACAGAGAACAUUAAUGUUAUUCACGAUUUUGUUUUCCACUUGGACAGUAAUAGGAGCAUUCACCAUGGGAUCGUUGAUAGAUGAUAUAAGUUAUGGUUCAGCAUUGUAUUAUUGUAUUGUUUCUUUUUUGACUAUUGGGUUGGGUGAUAUUUUGCCUGAAACCUCUGGUGCCAAAGUCGCUGUUUUAGUGUUCUCUUUGGGAGGUGUAUUGAUAAUGGGAUUGAUUGUUGCAACCCUUCGCCUGGUUAUACUAUCUUCUGCAGCCCCAGCCAUAUUCUGGAACGAUGUUGAAAAAACCAGAAUAGCUCUAUUAGCACAAUUGGACAAAGAAAACAGACAUUUAACCCUGGAAGAAAGCUUUCACGAAAUGAGGGUGCUAAGACGCAAAGUAAAAUCCAGACACAAGAAGGUAUCAUUAGCAUUGACUAUUGCAGUAUUCAUGAUAUUUUGGCUUAUUGGCGCGCUAAUAUUUCAAAAAAUUGAAAAAUGGUCAUAUUUCAACGCCAUGUAUUUCUGUUUCUUGUGUUUGAUCACGAUUGGCUAUGGUGAUUAUGCACCCAAGACCAGUCUUGGACGCGUUUUUUUUGUUUCGUGGGCAGUGGGUGCUGUCCCUUUAAUGACUAUCUUGGUUUCCAAUGUUGGUGAUACAUUAUAUGAAAUUUCCAACGACAUAAGUGCUUGGUUCUCCACCUGGAUGUUUUCCACAAAAGAAGAGUACAGGGAUUUAAAAUGGAAGAAAAAGAAAUUGCAGGAGGACCAAGAAGAUCAGCUUACAGUAAACUCUGAGGCGGUACGUAGUAGCGAACUUGAUGAAGAUUUGGAUCUUGCAAAAAUGGAACAAGAAGCUAGUCUUGAAGCACGUGACAAUAGUUCCAACGGUGAAAUUGGGGCUGCUAGUAUAGAUAACCCAAAUGAAGAUGUUAAAGUUGAGGAUAAUGAUACUUGUAUUACAAACUCGAGUAACUCCAAUAUGCGGAAAGACCAAGAGAAUAACUCUUAUUCUGAAAGAUCGGUUUGUAAAUCAGAAAAGCAGAAUUUUGACAUCGAGAGGAUACGGCAAAAGAUCGCUUCCAAGAAACAAGUACAUGAAAUGCUAAUAGAUUAUUUGGAAAAAAUGAAACCUUUGAUUGGGGACAGUAUUGAAUCACCUAACAGAAAAUAUAGUUAUAAACAAUGGAAAGGAGCAUAUGAUGGGUUCUGGUUGAGUGAAUCAUCGCCUUUGAGAUUGCCUUUAAAAGAGCCUAAUUAUUUAAUCUUGAAAAUCUACUUUGAGAUUGAAAUGAUGUUGCGGGGUUUGGUUGACAUGGAGAUAGAAGAUUUGAAAACGUUGACUAUACAGGAUGUGUCUAAUGAACUUUCUUCAAGUUCUUCCACUGAUAUAAAGUUUGCAAGAACAAUAAAGUUUGAUGAUGAUAAAUGA